GGUACCCUUGAAAGUGGAACAAGCAAACAAUGCUCGUGAUGCCUUAGCUAAAACGGUGUAUAGUCAUCUAUUUGACCAUGUAGUGAACAGGGUAAACCAGUGUUUUCCGUUUGAGACUUCUUCUUUCUUCAUUGGAGUUCUAGAUAUAGCUGGUUUUGAAUACUUUGAACACAACAGUUUUGAACAAUUCUGUAUUAACUAUUGUAAUGAAAAACUGCAGCAGUUUUUUAAUGAAAGGAUUCUGAAAGAGGAACAAGAACUUUAUCAAAAAGAAGGCUUGGGGGUUAAUGAAGUGCGCUAUGUAGAUAAUCAGGACUGUAUAGAUUUGAUUGAAGCAAAAUUAAUAGGUGUACUGGAUAUUUUGGAUGAAGAAAAUCGUCUUCCCCAACCGAGCGACCAGCAUUUUACUUCCGUUGUGCAUCAAAAACACAAGGACCAUUUCAGGCUCUCUAUUCCUAGAAAGUCUAAACUGGCUGUUCACAGAAAUAUCAGAGAUGAUGAAGGCUUUAUUAUCCGACAUUUUGCAGGAGCAGUAUGCUAUGAGACGAUGCAAUUUGUGGAAAAAAACAAUGAUGCUUUGCAUAUGUCCCUUGAAUCUCUUAUAUGUGAAUCUAAGGACAAGUUCGUUCGACAGCUGUUUGAAUCGAACACUAACAACAACAAGGAUCCCAAACAAAAAGCUGGGAAACUUAGUUUCAUCAGCGUGGGAAACAAAUUCAAGACUCAGUUAAAUUUGCUUCUUGAGAAGCUUCACAGUACUGGGUCUAGCUUUAUUCGCUGUAUCAAACCGAACUUAAAGAUGACAAAUCACCAUUUUGAAGGAGGACAGAUCCUCUCUCAGCUUCAGUGUUCAGGAAUGGUGUCAGUUCUAGAUUUGAUGCAAGGUGGUUUCCCAUCGCGAGCUUCAUUUCAUGAACUAUAUAAUAUGUACAAGAAAUACUUGCCUGAAAAAUUGGCUCGACUGGAUCCUAGGCUCUUUUGCAAGGCACUAUUUAAAGCCUUGGGACUGAAUGAAAAUGAUUACAAAUUUGGACUAACCAAGGUGUUUUUUAGACCUGGCAAGUUUGCAGAGUUUGAUCAGAUAAUGAAGUCUGAUCCAGAUCACUUAGCAGAGCUGGUUAAACGAGUGAAUCGCUGGCUUAUCUGCAGUCGUUGGAAAAAAGUUCAGUGGUGUUCACUCUCAGUGAUUAAAUUGAAAAAUAAGAUAAAAUAUCGAGCCAGUGCCUGUAUUAAAAUACAAAAGACUGUUCGUAUGUGGCUUUGCAAGAGAAAGCACAAACCACGCAUUGAUGGCCUGAUAAAAGUGCGUACACUGAAGAAGAGACUUGGUAAAUUUAAUGAAGUAGUGAGCGCUCUGAAGGAGGGGAAGGCAGAGACAAGCAAGCAGGUCAAGGACCUGGAGUGUUCUAUUGAUGCUUUAAUGACCAAGAUUAAGACCACUAUAAUGACUAGGGAACAGAUACAGAAAGAAUAUGACGCUCUAGUUAGAAGCUCAGAGCAGCUUCUGAGUGCACUGCAGAAGAGGAAACAGCAAGAGGAGGAAGCAGAGAGGCUACGACGUAUCCAGGAGGAAAUGGAAAAAGAAAAAAAGAGACGUGAAGAGGAAGAGCAACAAAGAAGGAAGGAAGAGGAGGAAAGACGUCUGAAAUCUGAGAUUGAGGCAAAGAGAAAACAAGAAGAGGAAGAGAGGAAAAAGAGGGAAGAGGAAGAAAAGCGUAUUCAGGUUAAUGUUUUAGCU